UCUGGCAGUAAGUAGCCCUCAGCUGCUCCUGGGAGAGGGGGCGGAGCUGAAGACGAGGCCGGGGCUGCAUGGGAAGGAGCAUCAAACCUCUUCAUCUGUUGCUUCACAGAGCUGCAACACUCCAGACCUCCUGAGGAAGAACGGAGCAGGAGGUGCUGACCUUCACCAGGACACCCAGCAGUCGUUAGCCUAUCAGGACGACUCUCUGCUGGCACUUCCCAUGCCAUGCACGCACCCCUCAGCUCCAGCCACCAGAGGAAGUACAGGUAAAGCGGCAGUGGGCGGGGCCCAGCGCAAGGCUCAGUCUCUGAGGCUGGGAGUCCUGAUAAGAGAACUGGAGACAAGCCUGCAGAACCACAGCUGCUCUGAUAAGGAGCUGAGACUGCUGGAUCACCAGAUCCUGCACCUGGCAACUAUCCUGAAGAACGGCCUCUCUCUGCUCAGAAGCUCCUCAGAGGAGACUCUGGUUGUGGAGGAGGUUCUGGGCAACUUUGACUUUCUGUCAGAUGACUUCCCAGAGGAUGACAACCCCUCCUGUGGGGGCAGUCUGAGGCUUAAUGACAGCAGCUCCUUCCAGCACACGCCAUUCAGGAGUCUGGGCCUCCUCUCUCAGGAUGGAUCGUUUGCCUCGGAGGACGAGCUGGCUGUGGCACCUCUGACAUGUGGGGACUGGGGUCUGGAUCAGGCUCUGGAGACACAUCUAGAUAUCUGUUGCAUCCUCCUACAGAUGAUGAGAAGAACCAACUUCAGCCUGUCCCGCAGACAGCUGCUGGAGGAGAUGACCCACCAAUCGGAAGUCCUGGAUCGAAUCAGCAGUCUGCUGCUGGAGAAGAGCGGAAAUGUGACUAUUGGAGACGUCCUUCCGGAAGCUGAAGGAUGGAGGGAUGUGCUGCUUUUCUGGGAAGACUGUGUGAGUGACAGCAGCUCUUUGUUCUACUGCCCCGCCCACAACUUCUCCAAGACUCUGAAGAAACGCUACUCACACAAGGUGAAUGCCAGGGAGUCCGGCCAAUCAGAGAGAGUGUUUCAGCGACUGCUGCAGCAGCUCCAGGCGCCCUGCCCCGUGGUUCCCGGCUGUCGGCCCGUCUGCAGCCCGGACAGGGUCAGCCUCUUCCAGCUGUGGGUGUAUCUGAGGCGCUGGACGGUCCAGGAGCUGGGGGAGCAUAUCUCCCGCCUUUCUAGAGAAGAGUAUUUCUCGUCUGCACUUCUUGGCCCCAAAAGAAGGCGUGCUUUGACUAAACUACGAAGGCGGAGCAUUGCAGAGCUCCUCCCACUGGGAUCCACCUUACAGACUCUGGCGGCUCUGCAGAUCGAUGCCAAUCCCAAAGUUUGCAAAGCUGCCAGUAGCUGCCUCUGCAGAGCUGCGACAUGCAGGAGCUUCAGGAGCAAAGCCGUCGUCUUCUACACGGAGAGCCUGAAGAACUCCGACGAUCACAUCCAACAGGCUUCCUGUCUGGCUCUGAAGUGCCUUCAGGCAGCAGAGAGCGUGGACCACAUCGCAGAUUUAUUGAGGUCGAGCAGUGAAGAUCUGAGAUGUGCAGCCAGAGAAACAGUCCUCUCCUUCGGUAAAAAGGGACACCAGGUGUUUGAGAGAAUGGACCAGCUGCUCGUUGAGAUGGAAGAGGAGGCGUUUCAGAACCAGGAGACGGAGAUCACUGUCCUAUAGAAGAAACAUGCAGAGACGCUCUGGAUUCUCAUGAUUGUCCUGCCACCCAGGACGGCCUCAGGGGGAAUCUGCACACACGUGUGGUGACGUUACAGCAUGGACGUGAAUCUGUAGGAUUUUGAUUCAGGCUGUUGAGUUGCAGCAACAUAUGGAGGAGGAUUUGUUGUGCAACUUUGGAAUUCCUUUGUAAAGUUUUGGUCUUGCUAAAUGAAGAAAUUACAAAACAUUGUGAAAGGACAAAGACAUUAUCUCUGACUGGAUCUGUACUGUCCAGUUCAGAAUGAACCCAGGUUUACAUUCAAUGGUUUCAAUUAAUCGUUCACCAGUUUUCAUACAAACAGCAGGUUUUUAUUGGGAAACCUAAACUCAGAAACACUGAAGUGAUCAUUGCAGUUGGAGGUGGACCAGGACAUGAUGAAAUAUUCUGAUAAAGACAAAAACACAAACAUGGUUUUAAUUUUUACCUUUCAGACAUGAAUAUCCCAGUCUUUCCUAGUCUGCACUCUAUUGCUUCAAGAGGUUUUUCCUGUCAGUAUAUUGAUAGAUGGAGCUUCUGUUGCCCCGCUGAAAGCUGGGUUGGCCGAAGGGCCAGCAGACCCCACAAAGCUCCAUCUGCUUCUGUCAGAUUUAAGGGCUGGAAAAAACCUUCAUGGUCUUAAUUUUUGGGCAACAAACUUGUCUUAAUUUUGUGCAGCAAGUCCCUCAAAUGCUGCUACCUGACAGCAAAAACAUUGACAGAAAAAAAGGUCUGACCAACUGACUUUUCAGGUUGUCAAUGAAAACAUUUCUUUGCUGUUGUUUGUCAAGUUAGCUUCAAGAAAUAAAAAGUUUUACCUUGAAAUGUUUCUGACUUCAGACUCAGAGGAAGUUUUAUUCACGAAGAGAAGCUUGAGAUUGAAUCCAUGUAUUUGAAGAAAAAGAUGUUCUGAAUUCUAGAAACAAAACUCUCCCCAAAACAACAUUUACAAUCAUCUCGUUUGACUGCUGUUUCUUUUUGGGGGGGGGGUCAUGAAAGUCCUGGCUUUCCAUGUUUUCACUGCUCUCUUACUAGUGAACAUCCUGUUGAAGGGGAUACAUCUGUCCUCCACAGCUGCAUUCAAGCUGAAUCCAGUUAGUGUUUGGAAAAAGGACGGUUGUGACUCCUCCCACAGGCUCUGCUGCCUUCAGAACUCAUCACAAUGCAAAUUUAAGAAACACGUUAAUCAUUUUAUUAUUAAGUAAUAUUUUCUUCAAAGCAGAUAAUCAAAACUAUGUUUAAAUGAAGAUGCAAGUUUAAAUUAACAAAUUCAAUUGUAAUUCCUGAAAGAUGAAGCUACAGAAGAAACCCACUUUUUAACAGAACAACGGGGCUCUGCGGAACCAGUUUUAGACCGACUGUUUGGGAGGAUCUGCAGUCUAAAUGUUUCAGAUCAUUUUCACAAGACGUCAGACAAAAUGACGACAUCAAAGCUACUGAGCAAAGUGACUUCUGGUUUACAAGUUUAGAACAGCAGAGCUGGCAGCUGAACGCUGUUUAAAGCAAUGUUACGUAAAUAAUGAGUAACCUAACCACUUGUAACAUAAAUGUGUACAAUAUGUAUUUCUACCUGGUUGUAUUUGUUUUCCCUCUCAGAUCAAAUGUCACUUUUCCUCCUGCAGAACACAGCAGCUGCUUCCCUAAAAUCCAUGGAUGAUAUCAAACCAGUCGUGGAUUAUUCAUAGUCAUAGUCAGACGAAGGUUACAGAAACUUCACUGAAUGCUGCUGGUUUAAUUAUGAAGGUCAUUAUGAUUUUCUUCUUCUAAUGGAUGCUAAUGCUAACACUAGCUUUCCACGAUGGUGAUGAGACGUAGAGCUGCAGAAGAUCUUUUCUGACCAGUUAAAGUUGUUCACAAAAUCCCUAAAAACAG